AUGGAGGAUAAUGACUGGCCUUUUUUCGAUCUGGCCCAGGAGCAAAAGAAUGUGUCCAACUCACCACAGGAAGUCAGUCUCAAUAUGUGGGGCUCUUGUACACCGAAAACCUUCAUGAAAACAAUACGACGAACAGCUUGUUUAAAACCGCUGCAUGUAGCACUACUACGCGAAGUACUCAGUACCUGCGAAAAUGCCGGCCUCCCGGUAUUUGCGUAUGCUGGCACUGCGCUAGGACUAUAUAGAGAAGGAGGGGAAAUGUUGUCACACGACUACGACAGUGACCUUGCUGUCCUCGAGUAUCAGGAUGCUAAAAUGGGAAGCCUGUCAAAAUUGGCCAACUUUUGUUUAUCUAGUAACAUCCAAGUCUCCGGAAUUGAGGGUUUUGAUGAGAGCCCUGUUUCACUGCGACAAAAUGAUGACAUUCCAAAAAUUUCUCAUGGCCUGCUAUCCUGCGCCGAAAGUCUACCACGCAUCAAGCCCGUCCAGUUGCGCGAGCUGGUUCAGGACCUCUCGAACAUCCAUGUGGAUCUCUUUACACUCUCUCCACAUCCCAGCUCGCCGGUGCAACAUUUACGUGUUAACUGGCACCUUGGAAACGGUUACAACUCCUCUGCUAAACUGUUUGCGCGAGAUGCCUUCUUCCCUCUGAAGUCGAUGGUUUAUGAGGAUCUGCCAAUCCUGGCUCCCGCAAACUUGGAGGCCUACUUGACUGUCGAGUACGGAUAUCUUGGACGCGACGCGAUGUAUGAUCGCGAAACCCAACGAUACGUUAAGAUAUCUGACGAUGUUUUCCGGCAGUUGCCAGCGCAGAUGCAGAAACUCCUUUCCAGACCCACCAUAGAGCAGAAAUAUUGA